UGCAGUCCAAUAUCACCAUCGCCGUGAAGUCACAGUGGCAAGAUGAAAAAGUUUAAAAAAUUUUAAAAAGGAAUAAGGAAAGAGGAAGAGGGCGGCGUACCCCGGCUCAGAAAACGGUCCUCCUCUGCUCCGGACGCCGGCGGAGCUGUGGGGGGGGUGACCGGGUCUCCCGGCGCAGCCGGGAAGCCCCGGCCCUCAGUCGGGGCGCGACCAGCGUGACGCCGCGGCGGGGGGAUCCGGCGGGCGCGCGGCCGACUUCAAAGCCCCGGCGCCGCCCUCGCCCCCGCGCGCGCGCGCUAGUAGUACGGUCCGAGGGGGCGGCUUCUGGGGCGCGGCUCCCGCGGCAGCUGAUGCGCGCCCCGCCGGCCGGGAGGCGGGAGUCCGGGAGCCCGGAGCGGGAGCAGCAGAGGUCUAGCCGCUGGGCGCCGCGGACCGGGGGCCUGAGGAGGCCACAGGACGGGCGUCUUCCCGGCGAGUGGAGCCCGGCGCGGGGCCCGCUGCGGCCGCACCGUGUGGGGAGGAGGCCGAGGAGGACGCGGCGCCGGCCGCCGGCGGGAGGAAGCACUCCACCAGGGCCCCCGACGGCGCUCGUUUAACCACAUCCGCGCCUCCGCUGGAAACGCUUGCUGGCGCCUGUCACCGGUUCCCUCCAUUUUGAAAGGGAAAAAGGCUCUCCCCACCCAUUCCCCUGCCCCUAGGAGCUGGAGCCGGAGGAGCCGCGCUCAUGGCGUUCAGCCCGUGGCAGAUCCUGUCCCCCGUGCAGUGGGCGAAAUGGACGUGGUCUGCGGUACGCGGCGGGGCUGCCGGCGAGGACGAGGCCGGCGGGCCCGAGGGCGACCCCGAGGAGGAGGACUCGCAAGCCGAGACCAAAUCCUUGAGUUUCAGCUCGGAUUCUGAAGGUAAUUUUGAGACCCCUGAAGCUGAAACCCCGAUCCGAUCACCUUUCAAGGAGUCCUGUGAUCCAUCACUCGGAUUGGCAGGACCUGGGGCCAAAAGCCAAGAAUCACAAGAAGCUGAUGAACAGCUUGUAGCAGAAGUGGUUGAAAAAUGUUCAUCUAAGACUUGUUCUAAACCUUCAGAAAAUGAAGUGCCACAGCAGGCCAUUGACUCUCACUCAGUCAAGAAUUUCAAAGAAGAACCUGAACAUGAUUUUAGCAAAAUUUCCAUCGUAAGGCCAUUUUCAAUAGAAACGAAGGAUUCCACGGAUGUCUCGGCAGCCCUCGGAACAAAAGCAGCUCAUGGCUGUGUAACUGCAGUCUCAGGCAAGGCUCUGCCUUCCAGCCCGCCAGACACCCUCCAGGACGAGGCGAUGACAGAAGGCAGCAUGGGGGUCACCCUCGAGGCCUCCGCAGAAGCCGAUCUGAAAGCUGGCAACUCCUGUCCAGAGUCUGUGCCCAGCAGAAGAAGCAAGCUGAGAAAGCCCAAGCCUGUCCCCCUGAGGAAGAAAGCAGUUGGAGGAGAGUUCUCGGACACCGACACUGCUGUGGAGGGCACAACUCUCCCCAAGGCAUCCUACCACUUCAGUCCUGAAGAGCUGGAUGAGAACACAAGUCCUUCUUUGCUAGGAGAUGCCAGGUUCCAGAAGUCUCCCCCUGACCUUAAAGAAACUCCCGGCACUCUCAGUAGUGACACCAAUGACUCAGGGGUUGAGCUGGGGGAGGAGUCAAAGAGCUCACCUCUCAAGCUUGAGUUUGAUUUCACAGAAGAUACGGGAAACAUAGAGGCCAGGAAAGCCCUUCCAAGGAAGCUUGGCAGGAAACUGGGUAGCAAACUGACUCCCAAGAUACAAAAAGAUGGCAUCAGUAAGUCAGCAGGUUUAGAACAGCCUACAGACCCAGUGGCACGAGACAGGCCUCUCUCCCAAAUAUCUUCUAAGCCAGAUCCUAGUCAGUGGGAAAGCCCCAGCUUCAGCCCCUUUGGGAGCCACUCUAUUCUGCAGAACUCCCCACCCCUCUCUUCUGAGGGUUCCUACCACUUUGACCCAGAUAACUUUGAUGAAUCCAUGGAUCCCUUUAAACCAACUACGACCUUAACAAGCAGUGACUUUUGUUCUCCCACUGGUAAUCACGUUAAUGAAAUCUUAGAAUCACCCAAGAAGGCAAAGUCGCGUUUAAUAACGACUACUGAACAAGUGAAAUUUCUCUGUUUUCUGUUGAGUGGCUGUAAGGUGAAGAAGCAUGAAACUCCGUCUCUCGCCCUGGAUGUAUGUUCUCAGGAUGAAGGGGCAGUGAUCUCCCAGAUUUCAGACAUUUCUAAUAGGGAUGGCCAUGCUACUGAUGAGGAGAAACUGGCAUCCACGUCAUGUGGUCAGAAAUCAGCUGGGGCCGAGGUGAAAGGUGAGCCAGAGGAAGACCUGGAGUACUUUGAAUGUUCCAAUGUUCCCGUGUCUACCAUAAAUCAUGCGUUUUCAUCCUCAGAAGCAGGCAUAGAGAAGGAGACGUGCCAGAAGAUGGAAGAAGACGGGUCCACUGUGCUUGGGCUGCUGGAGUCCUCUGCAGAGAAGGCCCCUGUGUCGGUGUCCUGUGGAGGUGAGAGCCCCUUGGAUGGGAUCUGCCUCAGCGAAUCAGACAAGACAGCCGUGCUCACCUUAAUAAGAGAAGAGAUAAUCACUAAAGAGAUUGAAGCAAAUGAAUGGAAGAAGAAAUAUGAAGAGACCCGGCAAGAAGUUUUGGAGAUGAGGAAAAUUGUAGCUGAAUAUGAAAAGACUAUUGCUCAAAUGAUUGAAGAUGAACAAAGGACAAGUAUGACCUCUCAGAAGAGCUUCCAGCAACUGACCAUGGAGAAGGAACAGGCCCUGGCUGACCUUAACUCUGUGGAAAGGUCCCUUUCUGAUCUCUUCAGGAGAUAUGAGAACCUGAAAGGUGUUCUGGAAGGGUUCAAGAAGAAUGAAGAAGCCUUGAAGAAAUGUGCUCAGGAUUACUUAGCCAGAGUUAAACAAGAGGAGCAGCGAUACCAGGCCCUGAAAAUCCAUGCAGAAGAAAAACUGGACAAAGCCAAUGAAGAGAUUGCUCAGGUUCGAACAAAAGCAAAGGCUGAGAGUGCAGCUCUCCAUGCUGGACUCCGGAAAGAGCAGAUGAAGGUGGAGUCCCUGGAAAGGGCCCUGCAGCAGAAGAACCAAGAAAUUGAAGAACUGACAAAAAUCUGUGAUGAGCUGAUUGCAAAGCUGGGAAAGACUGACUGAGACACUCCCCCUGUUAGCUCAACAGAUCUGCAUUUGGCUGCUUCUCUUGUGACCACAAUUAUCUUGCCUUAUCCAGGAAUAAUUGCCCUUUUGCAGAGAAAAAAAAAAAAAAACUUAAAAAAAGCACAUGCCUACUGCUGCCUGUCCCGCUUUGCUGCCAAUGCAACAGCCCUGGAAGAAACCCUAGAGGGUUGCAUAGUCUAGAAAGGAGUGUGACCUGACAGUGCUAGAGCCUCCCAGUUCCCCGUAUGAAGGUUCUCUUAGGCUGCUGAGUUUGGGUUUGUGAUUUCUUUAUCUUUAGUUUGUUUUAAAGUCAUCUUUACUUUCCCAAAUGUGUUAAAUUUGUAACUCCUCUUUGGGGUCUUCACCACCUGUCUGAUUUUUUUGUGAUCUAUUUAAUCUUUUAAUUUUUUAGUAUCAGUGGUUUUAUUUAAGGAGACAGUUUGGCCUAUUGUUACUUCCAGUUUAUAAUCAAGAAGGGGCUCUGGGUCCCCUUUUAAAUUAGACACACUCUCACACACAUACAUGUAUAUUUAUAGAUGCUGCUGCUCUUUUCCCUGAAGCAUAGUCAAGUAAGAUCUUCUCUACAGAAGGACAUAUUUCCUUGGAUGUGAGACCCUAUUUUGAAAUAGAGUCCUGACUCAGAACACCAACUUAAGAAUCUGGGGGAUUAAAGAUGUGAAGACCACAGUCUUGGGUUUUCAUAUCUGGAGAAGACUAUUUGCCAUGACGUUUUGCUGCCCUGGUAUUUGGAUACUCCUCAGCUUUAAUGGGUGUGGUCCCUUUAGGGUUAGUCCUCAGACUGAUGGUAGUGUCUGCUUUCUGCAUGAAUGGCAAUAUGGGACUCCCUCCAAGCUAGGGUUUGGCAAAUCUGCCCUAGAGUCAUUUACUCUCCUCUGCCUGCAUUUGUUAAUGCAGAAUCAACAUUUAGUCUUCAUUAUCUUUUUUUUUUUUUUGAGAUAGAGUUUCGAUCUAUUUUAAAUAUGUGAAGAAAAUCUACUUCUAAAAGGCUCAGAUCUUAAAAGGUAAUUGUAGCACAUUACCAAUUAUAAGGUAAAGAAAUGUUUUUUUUCCCAAGCGUGAUGCAUUGUUCUUCAGAUGUUGAAAAGAAAGCAAAAAAUACCUUCUAACUUAAGACAGAAUUUUUAACAAAAUGAGCAGUAAGUCAUGUGAACCACUCCAAAAAUCGGUGUAUUUUGCAUAUUUUUAAACAAAGACAGCUUGAAUCUGAGAAGAGGAGUGCAAGGAGAAGGUCUGUACUAACAAAGCCAGAUUCUUCAAGCUCUUACUGGACUCAGUUCAGAGUGGUGGGCCAUUAACCCCAAUAUGGAAUUUUUCCAUGUAAAUCUCAAUGAAUUCCCUUUCAUUUGAAUAGGCAAACCCAAAUCCAUGCAAGUGCUUUAAAGCACUCUCCUGUCUUAAUCUUACACCCUGGCAGUCUUCAUGGUGAUAUGCACUAUAUUCAGUAUAUGUAUGUUUUCCUACUUCUCUUGUAAAACUGUUGCAUGAUCCAACUUCAGCAAUGAAUUGUGCCUAGUGGAGAACCUCUAUAGAUCUUAAAAAAUGAAUUUUUCUUUAGCAGUGUAUUACUCACAUGGGUGCAAUCUUUAGCCCCAGGGAGGUCAAUAAUGUCUUUUAAAGCCAGAAGUCACAUUUUACCAAUAUGCAUUUAUCAUAAUUGGUGCUUAGGCUGUAUUUUCAAGCCUAUUGUCUUAACAUUUUGUAUAAAAAAGAACGACAGAAAUUAUCUGUCGUUUGAGAAGUGGCUUGACAAUCAUUUGGGCUUUGAAAGCAGUCAUUGUGGUGUAAUAUGAAUGCUGUCCUAGUGGUCAUAGUACCAAGGGCACGUGUCUUCCCUUGGUAUAACUGAUUUCCUUUUUAGUCCUCUACUGCUAAAUAAGUUAAUUUUGCAUUUUGCAGAAAGGAACAUUGAUUGCUAAAUCUUUUUGCUGCUGUGUUUUGGUGUUUUCAUGUUUACUUGUUUUAUAUUGAUCUGUUUUAAGUAUGAGAGGCUUAUAGUGGCCUCCACUAUAAAUCCAUUGUCAUCUUUUUAAGCUUAUUGUGUUUAAGAAAGUAGCUAUGUGUUAAACAGAGGUGACGGCAGCCCUUCCCUAGCACACUGGUGGAAGAGACCCCUUAAGAACCUGACCCCAGUGAAUGAAGCUGAUGCAUAGGGAGCACCAAAGGACCUUCGUUAAGUGAUACUCUCAGCCAUGACCAUUAUGAGGAAAUAUCCCCCAUUCUAACUUAACAGAUGCCUCCUCUCCAAAGAGAAUUAAAAUCGUAGCUUGUACAAAUCAAGAGAAUAUACUGGGCAGAGUGAAGUAUGUUUGUUUAUUUUUCUUUAAAAAUAAAGGGUUUUGGAACUCUGGAGAGUAAGAAUAUAGUAUAGAGUUUGCCUCAACACGUGUGAGGGCCAAAUAAUAUGCUAGCUAGGCAAUAAUAAACUCUGUUACAGAAGAGAAAAAGGGCCAGGCACAGUGGCUUAUUCCUGUAAUCCCAACACUGUGGAAGGCUGAGGCAGGAGGAUCACCUGAGUCCAGGAGUUUGAAACCUACCUAGGCAACAUGGCGAAACCUUGUCUCUACCAAAAAUAUAAAAAUUAGCUGGGCAUGGUGGCACGUGCCUGUGGUCCCAGCUACUUGGGAGGCUGAGGUGGGAGGAUUGCUUGAGCCUGGGAGGUCAAGGCUGCAGUAAGCCAUGAUCAUGCCACUGCACCCCAUCCUGGGUGACAGCAAGAUCUUGUCUCAAAAAACAUAAAAACAAAAAAAACCAGGCAUGAAAAAGGAAAGUAGAAGGCAGCUGCUGGCCUAGAUGGUGGUUUGGGAAUAUUAGGUGAUCCUGUUGAGAUUCUGGAUCCACAGCAAUUUCUUUAGCUUUUGACUUUGCCAAGACAGCCUUUAUCCAGCAGUAUUUUAAUUGGGGAAUGCAACGUGAGGCCAACAGAACAAUUCCCCCCAUGGCUGCCCAGAUAGUCACAGUCAAGCUUGGAGAGUCUCCUUCCAGCCAGUGACCUACCCAAACCUUUUGUUCUGUAAAACUGCUCUGGAAAUACCGGGAAGCCCAGUUUUCUCACGUGGUUUCUAGCUUCUUCAGACUCAGCCCAAAUUAGGAAGUGCAGAAGCACAUGACGGUGAAAAACCUAGGAUUUGGCAGCCUUCCAGAAUGGUAUGGAAUCUGAGGGAAGAUUUAUGUUUCGUUUUGGAGGAUAGCUCAAGUUGAAUUUUCUUUCCAGCCAGUUACCCUUUCAACCUACCCAUACUUUGUACAACUCUCACACAAAUACUUAGAUAUUUAUUAGACAGCCCUGAAUUCGCUCUAAUUAUAAACAGGGAGAGUAAACUGCCCCCAAAUGUUCCUGGGCUGGGUAAAAGCAGCUGGAGUGAAGCACUCAUUUUCCAUGAAGGUAACAAAGGGUGGCUCAGUGGUUACUCAGGCUCAAAAGGGUUUUUUAAGAGCAAGCAUUGGUUAAGUCUGUGUAUACUGAGUUGGAAGUGAUUCAGUACAUUCUUUUUUAGUGGAGUAAAAGUUCUGAAGCCCCCUUUUAACUUCCUUUUGGUUUUUCAUUACAAUUGGUAGCCAUCUCAUGAACUGUCUCUGACUGUUGUCUCUUUGCAGUCGUGAUUGUGAGCUUGCUCUCUGACUUGCAUUUCUGACUUUAUCCUGUUGUUGGGAAGAUAGAAACUAGGUUUUGAAAGAUUACAUGAUUCAAGCGAGGGAUUUUAAAGUAAAGAUGUAUAUAUUCUGAAGAACCUAAAAGAUAACAGAUUAUUUGCUUAUGAAAGAACAAUAUAGUCUGGGAAUCCCAGAAUGUCAAGCCAAAGGUCUAAGAAGUCAUCUUCUUCAAAUAUUUUAAUAAAGAAGUAUUUUGAGGAGAUAUCUGUCCAAAAAGGUUUGACUGGCCUCCAGAUUCCAGUUAUUUUUAAAAAGCAAUUUACCACUAAAUCCUUGAGUCUCCAUAGAGUAACAGUAAAGAAACUGAUAGAACAGACUCUCCUCUCAAAGGAUCUCUGGAAGAGAGUAUCAGCGGCAGCAUUCUCCAGGGAAGACCCAUCCCCUAGUGCCAGAGCUUGCAUCCUGGAGACUAAAGAUUGCACUUUUCGUAGUUUUUUGUCCAAAUGCAAUCCCAUUUCUGUGCCUCUUAGCAUGCAGUUAGAUUUGGACAAACAAGAUUCCUAAGGAAUGACUUUAUUAACUAUAAUAUGGUUACAGCUAUUAUAUAAAUAUAUAUUCUGGUUAUAGUUCUAAUAUGGAGAUGUUGCGUGCAAUGCUGGCCUGCGGUGGUCUGUGUAAUGCUUUAACUUGUAUGGAGGAGGCCAGGCUCAGAGCUGAGAUGUGGCCUGAACCUUCCCUGUAUCGAUCCUUUAAUUUAGAACUGUCAAGAUGCCACUUUCUCCCCCUCUGCCUUUUAGUGGUAUCUGAAAUAUACUCAAAACAGUAAUUUCCUGGUCACAUCAUUAACUGCUAAUUCUGUAUUUAUAAAGAAUUUUCAGAUGGACAUAUACAAAUUUGAACUCAAACCAUCCCCAGUCCAGAUACAGGGCAGCGUGUAGGUGACCACACCAGAGCCUCAGCCUCGGUCCCUCUCAGCCAUCGGGAUAGGAUCCAGGCAUUUCUUUUCAAUCUCAGAGGUAGCAGUAAACUUUUCAGUAUUGCUGUUAGCAAGUGUGUGUUUGCCAAUAGAUAUCCACUAUACUAAUGUGCCAAGUAAAUGUUCAUUGCACAUCUGCUUCCACUGUGUCCCCACGGGUGCCAUGAAGUGUGUGAGGAGCCCCUCAUCUGGAGGGAUGAGUGCUGCGUUGACUACUGCUAUCAGGAUUGUGUUGUGUGGAAUAUUCAUCUACAUAAAUUUUAUAUGCACAGUAAUUUCCCUUUUUAUAUGUCAAGUAACUAUUUGUAAAAGUUAUACUCACAAAUUAUUAUAAUGAUUACUAAUAUAUUUUUUCCAUGUUUCAUUGCCUGAAUAAAAACUGUUUACCACUGUUA